ACAGCUCACCGCAGGAGAAAGUAUCGCCAGGUCAUCACAGCGUAUUCUUUCAUUUAAUAGCCGAACGCGUUGCCUUUGAUUCCCCAGCUUCUCUUCGUGGAUCUUUAUAAGAAGCAUGGAGAUUUCAUUUGCAGGCAGACGAGCCCUAGUCACAGGAGCAGGAAAAGGGAUCGGGAGAGCCACCGUGCUGGCUCUGGUGCGGUGCGGGGCAAAGGUCACAGCUGUCACACGCACACAGGCCGACCUGGACAGUCUGACAUUGGAGUGUCCGUCCAUCACUCCGGUGUGUGUGGACCUGGAGGACUGGGAAGCCACCGCCGUGGCCCUGCGAGAUGUGGGACCCGUGGAUUUGCUGGUGAACAAUGCGGCGUGUGCCAUGCUGCAGCCCUUUCUGGAGGUCACCCCUGAACAGUUUGACAAGUCAUUCAGUGUCAAUGUGAAAGCAGUUUUCCAUGUGUCCCAGGUAGUAGCUCGGGGCAUGAAGGCGAGAGGCACAGGAGGCUCCAUAGUCAACAUAUCCAGCCAGGCCUCUCAAUGUGCCCUCAGAGACCACGCUGUCUAUUGUGCCACCAAAGGAGCCCUAGACAUGUUGACCAAAGUGAUGGCUCUUGAGCUGGGACCGCAUCAGAUCCGUGUCAACAGUGUGAACCCCACGGUGGUGAUGACUGAGAUGGGUCGAUUGGGCUGGAGUGACCCUGACAAGGCCAAGACCAUGACCUCACGCAUCCCCUUAGGAAGAUUUGCAGAGGUGGAGGAUGUGGUGAACAGCAUUUUGUUCUUGCUGAGUGAUAAGAGCAACAUGACCAACGGAGUCACUCUGGCUGUGGAUGGAGGGUUCCUGGCCUGCUGAUUCCUCUAAACCCAUGCACAUCUUUUUCUCAACACGCUGACCAGGCGAACAAAUGCUUCCAAUGCUGCAUUCACAUCCUGUGGGUGUAACAGUAACUACAGGCUGCCGACGGAGGAAAAAAACAUUAACUUCAGCCCCCUGAUGGGACUUAUAACCAGGAACAACCUCCUUCACGAAUCGCAUAACAGUCAGAAAUGUAGUCACAGAUCUCACUUGGAAGUGUCCCUGUCAACACAAGAGUACAAUAGGUUCACUGAUAGAAGUAGCAGCAAUGCAAGCACAACUUCUUAGUCAGAAUAGACUGGUCUAAAUCUUAAAGCUAUGCACGUCAUAACCACUAACAUUUGUCUGUAGUUGAGGUUACAGUCUUCAUUGCCUUUUGAGGUAUUUCAGGAGUAGAUAAUACCAGUUUGAUCUCAAGACGAAUUUGGAUCACAACGUGUACCAUUGAUAAUCCUCAACUUGGAAGUGUGCGUUAUCGGCAGUUUCUUCGCCCGAGUGCAUCCCAGCCGGAACAAGAUGCCAUCGUGUCCCUCUGCUUCCUCUGAUAUAAUGUAAACACCAGGCUACUUUGCUGCAAAAUACAAAUUCCUGAUUCAGUUGCCGAUUACUUGCAAGUGGCUAGCAAAUAACUGUGAGCUCUCCUUCGGUGUUGUUGUUGUUUUUUCCCCUCUCCUGUCUGAUGGGCAGAAUAAAAAGCCAG